CGAUUAUUUCACUUUUGGAGUCUAGACCAAUGACCAAUCACAAUCCUUAGUCUGUGACGCGGAUGACGCCACAACCAAAAGGCAGACAAACGUGGAGCAAUGGCGUUCUCCUGUGCAAUCUCAAACGAAGUUCCGGAGCAUCCAGUCAUUUCACCGGUGUCUGGUUGUAUUUUUGAGAAGAGAUUGAUUGAGAAAUAUAUUAUUGACAAUGGAGUGGAUCCGAUAAACGGGAAAGAGCUAACAAUCGAACAAUUGAUCGAAGUAAAUGUGAGUCCAACAGUGAAACCAAAGCCACCAAGUGCCACGUCAAUCCCAGCCAUUCUAAAGAUCUUUCAAGACGAAUGGGAUGCCCAGAUGCUCCAUGUGUUUACCGUACGUCAGCAGCUGCAGACCUGCAGACAAGAGCUGUCUCAUUCUCUUUAUCAGCAUGAUGCAGCAUGCAGAGUAAUCGCAAGACUCACCAAGGAGUUGACAGCAGCGAGGGAGGCAUUGGCGACGUUGAAGCCGCAGGCUGGUAUUGCUCCGACAGCCAUACCUCAGCCAGCAGUGGCUGUUGAGGCUGGUGGUGGUGCUGUUCAACCUACUGAACAAGCUGGAAUCACCGAAGAUGUAAUCCAGAUACUCCAGGAGCGGGCAACUGUACUCACCCAGGAGAGAAAACGAAGGGGCAGGUCCAUACCUGAGGACCUCCUGCCUGCUGAGAGCAUCAGGAACUUCCAGACACUCGCUUCACACCCUGGUCUCCACAGUGCAUCCGUCCCUGGAAUUCUUGCUCUGGAUAUUCAUGGGGCUGACACGAGCAAAAUAUUGACUGGUGGGGCUGAUAAAAAUGCCACUGUCUUCAAUAAAGACACUGAACAGGUGGUUGCGAUUCUCAAGGGACACACCAAGAAAGUAACUCGUGUUAUUUAUCAUCCUGAUGAGGAUGUCGUUAUGACUGCCUCGCCGGACUCGACUAUCCGAAUUUGGAACGUGGCCACUAGUCAGACUACUCUGUUGUUGAGGGCUCAUGAUGCUCCAGUCACUGGAUUGUCUCUUCAUCCAACUGGCGAUUAUCUUCUAAGUUCUUCUCUUGAUCAGCACUGGGCUUUCUCCGAUAUUAGAACUGGAAGACUUCUUACUAAAGUCGCUGGUCCAGGGAGUCAGCCCCUGACAACUGCUCAAUUCCAUCCCGAUGGUUUGAUUUUUGGAACUGGAACUCAAGACUCUCAGGUGAAAAUCUGGGAUUUGAAGGAACAAUCGAAUGUCGCUAAUUUCCCUGGACACUCUGGACCGAUUUCAGCUAUUAGUUUCUCAGAGAAUGGAUAUUAUCUAGCAACAGCUGCUGAGGAUUGCUGCGUCAAGCUGUGGGAUUUGAGAAAACUCAAGAAUUUCAAGACUCUGCAGUUGGAUGAGAGCUACGAGGUGAAGGAUCUGUGCUUCGACCAGAGUGGAACUUAUCUCGCUGUUGCUGGCUCUGACGUCAGGGUUUAUUUAUGCAAACAAUGGCAAGAGCUGAAGGUUCUGAAUGAUCACACAGCCACUGCCACCGGUGUGAGAUUUGGUAGGCAUGCACAAUACUUGGCUUCCACCAGUAUGGACAGGACACUCAAACUUUAUGGACUUCCUUAGAAUUAAAUCAUCGUCUUGCAUUCUCGUAUUUUUUCAUGUAUUUCCCUCUCGUAUUAAGGACCACAAUGAAAAUAACAAGAAUAAUAACUGAAUAAACCUCAUUUUAAUAAUU